AUGUGGGCACUGGAGAGGCGGGGACCGCCGCCCUUGACCCGGCCUUGGGCGCUGCCCACCCUACUGUUGUUGGCUCUGGCGGCACACGGGGCGGCGGCGACGGCGACGGCGGGCGCGCUCACCUACCCGUGGCGGGACGCGGAGACCCGGGAGUGGCUGGUGUGCGGCCAGUGCCCCCCGGGCACCUUCGUGCAGCGGCCGUGCCGUCGGGACGCCCCCACGACGUGCGGCGCGUGCCCUCCGCGCCACUACACGCAGUUCUGGAACUACCUGGAGCGCUGCCGCUACUGCAACGUCAUCUGCGGGGAACGCGAGGAGGAGGCGCGGCCCUGCGACGCCACCCACAACCGCGCCUGCCGCUGCCGCCCCGGCUUCUUCGCCCACGCGGGCUUCUGCCUGGAGCACGCGCCUUGCCCGCCCGGCGCGGGCGUGACUGUCCCCGGCACCCCCAGCCAGAACACGCAAUGCCAGCCGUGUCCCCCGGGCACCUUCUCGGCCAGCAGCUCGAGCUCGGAACAGUGCCAGCCCCACCGCAACUGCACGGCCCUGGGCCUCGUCCUCAACGUGCCCGGCUCGGCCUCCCACGACGCCCUGUGCACUAGCUGCGCCGGCUUCCCACUCGGCACCCCGGAGCCAGGGGGGCCAGGAGCCGAGGAGUGUGAGCGCGCUGUCAUUGACUUCGUGGCUUUCCAGGACUGGUCCUUCAAGAAGCUCCUGCGGCUGUGGCAGGCGCUCAGGGGCCCAGAAGCACAAGGCCCAGUGCCACCCAGGGAGGGUCGCAACGGCCUGCAGCCAAAGCUGAGGCAGCAGCUCCUGGAGCUCCGUGAGGCACAGGCUGGGGCGCUGGCUGUGCGGCUGCUGCGGGCCCUGCGCGAAGCCCGGCUGCCUGGGCUGGAGCGCAGUGUCCGCACACGCUUCUGGGCACGCUGAGCACCCCGCCCCCUAUUUAUUCUGUUCCCAAGCUGGGGCUCCCACAUGGGCAUCACACCAA